AUGGUGCAAGUUGGCCUUCAUUUGUGUUCUAAGGUCUUGGCACAGAUCCCCCAGGCAAGCGCACUCUCCAAAUACCAAGGGCCAAAGCCGCCCUGGCCAUACAAGGGCUUCACGUCUUUUCCGGCCUUCUAUUUUGGCGCCAAUGAGAGCGGACUGGAGAAUGCUUCCUGGCUGCCCUUUGUGGCGCAACAUCAAGUGGCUGGCUGGGGGUGGCAGCAGAAUUUCCGCAGUGUGGGCCAAGACAGGCAGCGAUACUUUCAACAAGAGGUCUCCCUGGCUCAGAUGGCCACGCGAAUGGCCACCUACAUAGAGGUGACGCCGAAGACACCGGAGAAGCGCUUGCAGGAGGGAAGAGCCGGAGAAGGGGGACACCUCGAGAGGCCUCCAAAACGAGGAGGACCUCUUUCUGCACGACCGGGAGGGACGCCUGUGCAACUUGGCACGCAGUUCGUGGCUGUGCAACUGGGGGUAAAUGCCGUGUGGCAUGUGGUGUUUGUGGCGUUGCUGCAUGUGGGUGGAGCCGUUUUGGAUGAGGAGGAGGGCUUGGCCCAAUACCGUGCAAAGCUGCAGCUGCUGAGAAGCUUAUCCCUGACUUUGAAUCGCAAGAAGGUUUGGCCCAUUUACUCCAGUUACAAUGGCUAUUCGGAUUUGCCGUGGCGAAAAUGUUUGAUGCCCUUUGAUGAGUACUUUAAUGUGCUGCAAGAUGUUGGUUGGAUUCGUUUCUAUGAGUUUGGCAUUGGAGCAACGUCCCCGAGUGCAGCCUGGGAUAGUCAGGCCACACUGGCACAGGCCAUGCGCGAGUCAGAGUUGGGACUGCCUGUGAUGGUGCGAGCAACGCCACAAGCGAAACUAUGGUGGCAAGAAGGCAGAUUUGGUGCGAACAAGCAACCUGGAGCAAUUCGAACGCGUCAAAUCAGCCGCUGCUUAAGGAAUGCCAAGUCGGGUGCCUCCCUUCCAUUGGGCCUGUUCCUGCUAGUGCAGAAUGACUACUGGCUGCUCGAAUGA